AUGAGCGGUGACUAUCCCAAAAAGGCAGUAGCCAAAGAGCAAGGUUUUAAACACUUGUCUUUAAACCCACUACCGCUAAAUGAGUCUUCUUUGAGGAAUUUUGAAGCGAAGAAGUCAGCACCAUCUGGCGAGGGCGAUGACAGGACUGCCCCUGGGAAGUGUCCGGACACUGGCGUGCAGCUGCAGACGGUGCUCGGGUCGGCAGGAUCUGGUGAGCCCGACGGCAUGACUGCCCCUGGGAAGUGUCCGGAAACCGGCGCGCAGCUGCAGAAGAGACUUGGGUCAGCAGGAUCUGGUGAGCCUGACGGUGUGACUGCCCCUGGGAAGUUCCCGGAGACUUGCGUGCAGCUGAAGAGGGCACUCGGACUGGGAAACGGUGUGGGCUUCAUCGUGGGCUAUGUGAUCGGGUCCGGCAUUUUCGUGUCGCCCAAGACCGUGGUAGAGUACACGGGCAGCGUGGGCAUGGCGCUGGUAGUGUGGGUGGUUUCAGGACUCGUCACUGUGGUGGAUGGCCUCUGCUUCGCCGAGCUCGGCACGACAAUUCCCCGGAGUGGAGAUUCUUACUCUUACAUAUUGGAGGCGUUCGGUCCCAUACCCGCCUUCAUCGAACUCUGGACCAGCAUCCUCAUAUCCAGUCCGAGCGCAAAAGCCAUCUCCUCUCUCACCUUCGCCAGCUACCUCCUCCAGGCGUUACUCCCGGACUGCUCCUCGCCUCCCUACUAUGCUGUGAAGCUCCUGGCCGCGGCCAUGAUCUGUAUAAUUGCGUAUGUUAACUGCUUCGGCAUCAAACUUGGAACCAGAGUACAGGACACCUUGGCAAUGACAAAGGUGUUGGCGCUAAUCAUCAUCAUCGUGGGUGGAGUCCACCACCUGGCCAGGGGUCACGUGGAGCACUACCUCGACCCCAUGAAGGGCACAGUGUGGGACGUCUCCUCCUUCGCCACCGCCUUCUACUCCACCCUCUACGCCUACAGCGGAAUAGGAAGUUUGAAUGCGAUAAUCGGGGAACUGAAGGAUCCAUAUAAGAACCUGCCAAGAGCGAUCGCUAUCUCAUUAUCAAUAGUGACUACCGUUUAUAUAUUGACCAAUGUUGCUUACUACGCUGUGUUGACCCCUGCUGAGAUCCUCUCCUCCAAUGCUGUGGCUGUGACCUUUGGAAGCAAGUUGGUUGGAUGGCUGGGCUGGCUAAUGGCCUUCUUCGUCGCCUGCUCUGUGGUUGGGACCACUAAUGCCGGGAUGCUAAGCAUCUCCCGCAGGUUCUUCAUUGCUUCUCAAGAAGGCCAUCUGCCGGAGUUCCUCGGUCUUAUCAGUGUCAACCAUUCCACCCCCAUCAUUGCGGUUGUGUCCUCAGUUGUCAUUCCAAUACUGAUGCUCACGGUAGACAACGUGGGCUCUCUCGUCAACUACUUCAGCAUCAUCGGCAUCAUCGGUAAACUCACCGCCGUCCUGGGGCUCCUGUGGCUCAGGUACAAGGAGCCGGACAGACCCAGACCGAUCAAGGUGUGGCUGGGGAUACCAAUCAUGUCGGUGGUGGUGAAUAUCUUCCUCUUGACGUUCCCGUUGAUCAGAAGACCUGUGGAGAUCGCCGUGGCUCUGGCGGUCAUGACGUCCGGUCUGGUGGUAUACUUCUUCACCAUUCACCGAGACACGAAGUCGGGAUUCCUCGCCAAAAUCAAAGGUAAAAUGACAUUUAUGUGUCAAGUGAUAUUCUUGUGCUCGCCAGAAGACAAAUCCGAGUGAAACCCAGGAACUGCUGUAAUGUUAACCCUCAUGUCUGAAUCGAAAAUAAUUCAAAUUGAUGGCUACAGAUUACAGAAUACAAGGCCUGUAUACCUGUACCUGUGUACACUGAGUAGCACCUUCCCUUCUCUUAAUAAAGUUCAUUCACUUAAAGAAUAACAACUUAUAAAGUUCUAGAUGGGAUACCCGGUGGUGCCCGGGUCUCUCUUUCUCUCCUUCUCAGAACGUUAUCUUGAGAUGAUUUCGGGGCUUAGUGUACCCACGGCCCGGUCCUCGACCAGGUCACCCUUUUGCUAUACAUCUUCUCAGGAAACAGCUCGUAGCAGUUGUCUAACUCCCAGGUACCUAUUUACUGCUAGGUGAACAGGUGGAUCACGAUGAAAGAAACUCUGCCCAUUUGUUUCCCCCUCCGCCGGGGAUCGAACCCGGAACCUUAGGACUACGAGUCCUUAGCGCUGUCCACUUAGCCGUCAGGCCCCCUUCCACUCACCCGUCAGGCCCCCCUUUUGCAACUGUAGAAGACUCUUCUUAAAGGCAAUUGAAGGGACCAAUCUCCAACCCGUCUAUGACAGUCCCGAACCACCCAUGUGUCAUCCUGAAAAGUUGAGAGAGGCCACCCCCAUGUGUCUGGCUUCCAACCUUGGACAGACAUACCAAUAUUCAAUUUUCUAGAUAGAGAUUUAUUGUUAGAUAGCUUUGCAAGAUAUAGUAUAUUUGCUUACUAUGUUGUAUUAUACCAUAAUGAUUAUCAAUAAUGUUAACCAAUAAAGUAUAAUCAACU